GAUGUUUUGCGAGUCUGUGUGAUUGUAUGUGGGCAAUUUUUUAUUGAUGUGUUAGGGAUUCUCCCUCUUCCUUAAUACCUUCUUUUUAUAGCCAGCAGUAACCGGAAUAUCUGCAUUAUAGAUUGGAGCGGGCCGUAAAAUCUGGAGUGUGCAGCUUGAAAAGUGUUUUGUGAGAUAUUUUGCUGGAAACUCCUUUAAUCACAAUGAGUGGCUACCACAUUAUGAGGUGUUCUAUGUAAGCUGCUGAAAAUAUUACAUAAUGACUUCUGGUCAGGCCGCUAUGGAGGGAGCUGCUAUCUCAGUUUCUGAAACUGAACUUUCAACUCAUACGAUGUCACAUAAAGGCUCUGAUGAUGCAGAAAAUGUAGAACUUGCCAACUUGAUGAAAGAGAAAACGCCUAUGUGUUUAGUGAAUGAACUGGCUCGAUACAAUAAGAUCCAGCAUCAGUACCGACUGACUAGCGAGCAGGGACCGGCCCACAAGAAACUAUUCACUGUCACACUGAAGCUAGGGGAGGAAGAGUACUCGGCUGAGGGAGCGAGUAUCAAGAAGGCUCAACACCUCGCUGCCAGUGAUGCGCUCAAAUCGACUGCUUAUAAACACCCACCACCUAAAGCCUCCCGAAACAAUAGGCUCGGCAAAAAUAACAUUACGCCCACUGUUGAACUGAACGCUUUGGCUAUGAAACGUGGCGAGCCAACUGUGUACACCUUCGUUGAACUGCCUACCUUAACAUACGCAACUCACAACAAUUACUCUUACCAUAGAGGUGUAUACGCCCAGGUUCGGCCACCAUGUACACCCCCUGUUGCAUUAGAUUACUUUAGGCGGAGUGUGGCCUGUAAGCCAGUUCAUCACGCCUAUCGGUUUGAAACUCAGAGGUUUUAUGGAUCAAAACCACCAUCAUUAUACAAAGUGACUGUGAAAGUCGGAGAGCGAGAGUUCCAUGGGGAGGGUCUCACAGCACAGGCAGCUAGGCACGAUGCGGCAGCCAAGGCUUUGGAGGAGCUACGGAACUUGCCUCUAGAGCCUUCAAUGGUCGAUAACAAUCUUGCCACAACUGUGGAGGAGUCUCAGUCUCCGGCAAAUAUCCAGGAAACAUCAAAGAAGUCAAGUCAGAGUCCGGCUGCUCCAGCUGCGGAUCACUUAACUCCAUCAGCCAUGGCGUCGGCGAGAGUGGCUGGUCAACUCACAGCGCAGACAUCAAGACAAAGUGAGCAAGUUACUGUGGCACCUGGUGACCUCUCAUACAGUAAAGUGGUAAAGCAGAGUAAUGACGCUGAUCCCGGAGUAGUCAACAUAGAAGCGGAUUCGUCGUCAGAGUUGAAGUCACCAAUCUCACUUGUUCAUGAACUCGCUUUAAAAAGGAAUUUAACAGUGUUGUUUGAUGUGAUAAGUGAAAAAGGACCUCCACACAUGAGGACAUUUGUGACGAGGUGUUGCGUGGGUGACAACUUUGAAACUAUGGGUGAAGGGAAUGGUAAAAAGAUCUCCAAAAAAAGAGCAGCAGAAAAAAUGCUGGAUCAGCUCAAACUUCUGCCUCCCACAACAACAGUCACGGCUGCUAACUGUGCAGGGGCAAUCAGAAUGAAAAGAAAAUCAAAUCCUGCCAAGAAAAAAUCUCGUAAUCUCAUAAAAGUCACUUGUUCAAAUUCAAAUAAGGAAAAUAACUCGGAGAAUACUGAAACAGUAGACGAAAUCAAUCCAAUCUCAAGGCUAAUGCAGAUCCAGCAAGCAAAGAAGGAAAAAGAGCCCAUAUACACAUUGAUGGAAGAAAGAGGCCAGACAAGAAGAAGAGAGUUCUUUAUGGAAGUUACGGUUGGGGAACACUCAUUCGUCGGAUCUGGGCCUAAUAAAAAGAUUGCCAAGAGAAAUGCAGCAGAAGGUUUACUGCAGAAACUCGGAUACUCGAGUGUUACACCAGGAAAACCAAGACUGACAUCUGCUGAAGUCAACAGAAAGGUGUUUGUGGAGGCGGAGAACACGAUGAAGGUGUCAGUGGGAGGUAGUGGAGGGCGACAGCUGGUGCCUGGACUGCUACUCAUGUCUGACAACCAUGUCACUACUGGGAAGAACAAUGGGUAUCCACCACAACACAACACGAGGGUGGCUCCUAAAGGUCAUUCUGUCAACAUCCAAGCUACAGCUGCGAUGGCGAAGGAAUACUUGAAUGGAACCAACCCAAUGUCAGUUGAUGCCAUGAAUGAUGGCAAGAGCACCCCUGCUGUUAGGCCAAAAGAUCAACUCUUAUACCUCGCACAGCUCUUGGGUUUUAGAGUCCAGUUUUCAGAUUUCCCUAAGGGUAACCACAGUGAGUUUCUCAGUUUAGUCUCAUUGUCUACGGACCCACCACAGGUGUGCCACGGAUCAGGACUCACAACGGAACUGUCACAUGAUCAGGCUGCUUUAACAGCUUUAAGAGCUCUGUCUGAGAUGGGAUUAGAUUCUGUCACACCCAUGAAGAAAGAGCCGGCCUCCAUUUCUUCAAACAAUGAUGGGAUGUAUACUGCAAAAGGAAAUGCUGUAAUUAAAACUAACUAUGUUAAUGGGGGACACCCAAAUAAGUAAGCCGUGGUUUCGAACCAUUUUGUAAUUAUUUAAUAAGUUUGUCUACUUUGUAUAAUUCUCAGAUUUGUAGUGAUAAUUACUUUAAAUGAAAAUACUCUGCAAUGGUAACAUAAUGUCACUAGAAUGCUGUAGAUCAGAUUACUGUCUAUUUAUACAAAGCUCUAUACUGUCGAAUAAGAAUUUACCUGUCCAUUAUCAGGUGUAUGUUUCUUUGUGGAUAUUAAAGUUACAAAAUACAUAAUUAGUAGAAUAGCCAAUAAAUGGGCUUAUUCAGUUAAAUUUAGAUUGAUGAACCACAUACUAUUCCAGGACUCAAUCUGAAAUUUGUAAAAAUGUAAUAAUUACUGUCAAAAGUCAUCUUUAAAUUUAGAUGUAACAGAUAGAAUGCUCCCACACUAAGCAAAAACAUUGGUUUUAUUAUAUUGUUCAUCAAUCUAGCUUUAAUGAAUACACAAUAUAUUAAUUAUUGCUACUAUUUAAGUAUUGCUUGAGCGUAAAUUGAUCAUUCAUAGAUUUAAUUAUUUAUUUUUCUGUUGUACAUUGCUGUAUUAGUUUUGUUGGAAUUGAAUUUUACGUUGAGACUUAUUUUAUAUCUUUUAUAUAAAACAUAUAUUUUAUUUUCUUAAUUUGUUCUGUAGAUAUUUAUAUACUGUUAGAUUACUGAAUCAAACAAUGUGACAGGUACAUUUCUUUUAUCUUGUUAAUGUGUUAGUAAAAGGUUGCUAAAGUGGGUUGCAUGAUUAAUAAAAUCUUAGAAUAUCAUUGAACAAAUUAUUCUAGAUUUUAUUGAAAGCUUGUAGUAUGUAAUGUAUUAGUCACUAAAUAUUCAACACGAUGUCAAUGUGUAUCAAUGAGUAUUGUUGGUUUUGGUGCAAGCUACUUUAUGAAAGCCUUUUUCUAAAUUAUAUUAAUGUGUAAUAAUAUUAUGAAUAAAUCAUUAUAUGUGCUA